AUGGACCGCGCAAAUGGGGGCGGCCCCGGCGCGGCUGCGGCUGCUAGUAGGGCAGAGCGCUUUGAGGAUGAGAAGCGCCGCAUCAUAGAAAGUUGCUUCAGCAAGAAGGAUGUGGACGGCUCCCUUCAUGAGACGUAUAUCACCCACAUUCGAAUCACCGAAUACUCAUCCUACCCAACGACCCCUCCUCCACCCCAGGCCCGGACACCUGAUGUCCAGAAGCCUCGAAUCAUUAUCGUAGCCGUUCGCAAGUCCGGCCGAGUCCGCAUGCACAAGUCCAAAGAGAAUGCCAACGGUUCUUUUUCAGUCGGCAAGACCUGGAAUCUCGACGACUUGACACGCAUCGAGUCCUACACCGGGCCCGAAGCUAACGCUAACCAUCGCGACUGGGCCGGCGACACUGGGUUCCAGGUCACUCUCGGCAAGCCUUACUUCUGGCAGGCCCAGACAGAUAAGGAAAAGAAGUUCUUUAUUGCCAGUCUCAUCAAGAUCUACGGAAAAUACACCGGCGGUAGAACUCCAGAGCUUUUCGGGUUCGAGCAGAGAGAGUAUGAGCAAGUAAUGGGAGCUACGAGACGACCACCUGGCCCCUCAAGAACUCCUCUGCCACAACAGCCAUCGCAGCCGCCAUCACAGCCUGAACAACUGCCGAGCCAACCCAUAAACAGUUCACCAGCUCAGCGACCUGCUCAUCCUGUGCAACUUCCGGGACAUCCAGCCGCAGCCGCCCAAGAGAUCCCGCGUUUCAGAACGCCGCCAGUUCGUCCACCAAACAUCACCAACUCGCCUGUUGGAAGUUUUGAUUCGAGCGCUUCGAGGGGAGGCCCACCGCCUCCCCGAUGGAUGGCUCAUGGAAACAAGAGUCAGGACUCGGUUGCCAAUUCUUUAGCUGCCAGAAGCGAUGAUGCUUCUAGCUUACCACCACGCUCCCGCAAUGGUAUGACAGGGCCGGGGGCUUAUGGGAGGUUUGGGGAACCUCCGGAUGCACGAACGCCGACAACUCUUACACCUCCGCAACCACCAACCUCUCAAUCCUCACCUUCGCCAAAAUCUCAGCCAGCUAUGCAACCCCAUCAACCCGUUCCCUCACCUCUCCAACUUGAUAGGCCGCCUCCGGAAAGAAGAAGACCCCCUAUGGAUCCCACUCGACCCCUUGACCGAGACCUGGUACCUCCGCCUUUGAUCAGCCCUGGGAAAAAGGAGCCAAUGGCACCUCCACCACGUAGCAGCGAACGGACUAUGCCAAGAAAGGAUACUUCGAGUAUGAAGUCAGCGAAUAGCUCCCUCACUGGAAGUCUUCAGGAUCGAGAGGUUCCAACGUCCGCAGGACGGAUGGCGGAAUUGCCAAGGCACGAACAGAUAUCAGCACCACCAGUACCCCCAGCUCUUAGACCAGGUUCUUCGAACUCGGCAGUGAGUGCCGCCCCUUCGCCGGCGCCAGUCUUUCAAACAGCCCCCAAUUCCCCCCCUGAACCUCCCGUCUCGGCUCCAGAUGAUCUUCCUAUCUCGCCACCUCGUAAAGAACCUAGCCCAUCAGCAGGUGACUCGGACGAGUCGAGACCUGGUCUGGGUCCUAUGAUCAGGGUGAAGAAGUCAAGAAAUGAGAUCGCCGGUGCGCUAUGGAAGGCUGCCGCUACUGCAUCUGCGGCAACCGCCUUUAAGCCUAGACCUGGUGGUGCGGGAGAGCGUCUACGUCAGGCUCAAACCAAGGGUGACGAAGGACCCGACGGUAUCACAGGCGUUGUUCCUGCGCCGCCUCGCCCGCCUUCUAGGGAAACGACCCCCGAGCAACCCCAUGAGCAGGCGAAACCUGCAGAAGAACCCAAGGUGCUUGAAAAGCCCAAGUCUACAGAGCGCCCCAAGUCUGCCGAUCGUAGCUCUCUGGUUCCUGAAGUUAAAAUCAGUCUUCCUAGCAGCCGGCCAUCGAGUUCACAUGGACCUCCCCAAGAAGCCAAGAAGUCAAAGGAACCUGAGAAGAAGGAGCCUCGCCGGUCUAUUGCCGCAGGCAAUGACGUGAAGUAUCUCCAAACACUGGGUGUCAACCCAUCAAUCUUGGAUGAGAGGAGUGAAGAAUUUUCCCAGUGGCUCGAUUACUUCGGAUGGAUUCCUGGAGACCAGAUGCGAACACGCAACGUCGAAGAGAUGAAGGCUGAUCUCGAGCGAGAACUCAACAAGGCGCAGGCUGGAGGUUGGCUUGCUCGUUUCCGUGAGGAAGAUGAGCGCGUCGAUGCGAUUAAGUUGGGACUUGAUGUUGCCAUGGCAGAGUGUGAGGAGCUGGACAACUUGCUCACACUCUAUUCCGUUGAACUUUCGACCCUGUCGGAGGAUAUCGCAUACAUUGAGGCCCAGGGCCAGGGUCUUCAAGUGCAAACAGCCAACCAAAAGCUACUCAAGAAGGAGCUCGAGUCUCUGCUGGAGACAUGCGCCAUCACAUCGAACGAACUUGAAGUACUCCGAAUGGCACCUUUGGACAAUCUGCGUGGCUUGGAAGACGUUGAAAAGUCCCUGGUCGUCCUUUACAAGGCUAUGAUCAAGAUCGAUCCCACUCGCAGCGGUGGUGACAAGGUGGAUGUGACGGGAGAAUCCGACCAAGCCCACGGCCUCAACCCCGACUUCAAGCAAAUGCGCAUCGUCCAAGAGAAGAAGCAGAUCUACGACCAGGAGAGUGCAUCGUUUAUGCGCAGAUUCGUCGACUUCAUGUCCCGACAGUUUGACGAGGCCUUUACAGAAACCAAGCUUGCCAUGGAAGGGGCCUUGUCUCGCAAGGUCGAUUCUACACACCAUGACCUUGGUCGAGACGUCUUGUGGAAGUUCAGCCCUCUGAUGUUAUACGCCCGCGAUAUGGAUACGGAACAAUGGAAUCGUCUCAUCCAAAUUUACCAGGAUAAGAGUCAGCCUGUGUAUCGGGUCGAGUUCCAGGCUGUGGUUGCGGUGUGGCGUAAGAAUGCCAGGAAGUUGACUGGCGAUGAGGCCGAAUUGCUCUUCACGACUCCCGUCGAGAAGCAUCAGGAAGGAGGUGUGGCUACCACUGCCAGAAAGUUGACAGUGAAGCGUAGUCAAACACUCGCUCGUGCCCUUCGAUCACAGCGAGAGGAUGGAGGCAGCAAGCAAAAGGCAGAGAAGAGAGCGGGUGCCGAGGGCAGGGACCUGCCAUACGAAGUUUUUGCGGGCGUUCUCGAUGACCUGCUUCCUCUUAUGCAGAUGGAGCAGAACUUUAUCAUCGACUUCUUCCACGCCACAACCCUCGAACAGAUCGACUUCCCAGACUCUGUUGCGACUAGGGCACCUCGAGACCGACGAGGUGGCGAUCUGAGACGGCCUCGUCUCAUGGAGCCAGACCGAGAGUUGGCCAAGCGCAUCUUGCGCUCAAUGGAAGUUGUGUUUGCAUUCCUUGAGUCAGAGCUGCUUCGGCUCAUGGAAUGGGUGGUUGGACAGGAUCCUCUACAAGGAAUUGGAGUCCUGGCCACUCUAGAGAAGAAGAUGGCCGAGAUUAGCCAGUCUAACCAAGAGUACCUUAACACUCUGCUGCAGAAGCUCCACGGGCAUCUGGAAGUGCGGUUUAAGAAAUUUGUCGAUGAGCAGAUUCGAGCUAUCGAGGAGACCAAGGUCAAGAUCAGCAAGCGAAAGGGCGUCAUCUCAUUCAUCCGCGUCUUCCCUGCUUUCUCAGCUGCCGUCGAGAACAUGCUUGCCGGGGUGGAUGCUAACCUUGCAUCUCGAAGCACGAUUGACCGCGAGUAUGACCGACUGCUCAAGACAAUGUUUGACUCGCUCAUGGUCAUUGCCCGAGAGAACCCAGGAGUUAGUGUGACGAGCGGCUCUGCAGAUCCCGAGGACAAGGAGGCUCUCAACUUCCACAUCCUCCUGAUUGAGAACAUGAACCAUUUCACAGAAGAGACGGACACUCGGGGAUUGGAUGUGCUUGAGGAGUGGAAGGACCAGGCGAACGCAACGUACGACGAGCACAUGAACCUCUAUCUAAACGCGGUGAUGCGACGACCACUGGGCAAGGUUCUGGAGCACCUCGAAAACAUGGAGUCGCAGCUCCAAUCAGGAAAGUCGGCAGCAACAAUCGCGGCGCAGCCAUCCAACAGCAAGACGGUGUUCAACAAGGUGCUUGGCAACUACGACUCCAAGGAGGUGCGCAAAGGCAUCGAAGCGCUGCGUAAGCGUGUAGAGAAACACUUUGGCGACGCAGACGAUCCGGCUCUGAGCCGAGGCUUGGUGGCCAAGGUGCUAUCAGAGUGUGAAGGGUUCUAUGAAAACGUGGAGAGGCGAAUUGGCGAUGUGACGACCAAUGUGUAUGGUGGCGACGUCCUUUUCGAGUGGCCCCGUGCCGAUGUCAAGGCUGCUUUCCGAUGA